AGCUGUAAGCAUGUGCAAACCCAAUGAAUUUCAGUGCCUCAACUUUGUGUGCAUUAUAGAAAGCUUCUAUUGUGAUGGUGAUAAUGAUUGUGGAGAUAAUUCAGAUGAACCUGAAUAUUGUGAACAACGUUCUUGCAAAGAUGAUCAUUUUAAAUGUAAAAGCAAGAGAUGCAUUCCAAAAAUGUGGCUAUGUAAUGGAAUUAAUGAUUGUGGUGAUAAUUCAGAUGAGGAUAAUAGUGCUUGUGGUAAGAAUAUUUUUAAUACAUAAAUUUUAAAAAAUUUC